GGGAUAUCUGAAGAAGAGAUUGCCCAAGAGAUUAAAGAAAGGAAGAAGAGAGAGGCGCAACGGCUAACAGAGGUGAGGAUAGCGGAGAUGGACAUAGGAGAUGGAAAUUUGACAGAACAGGAGAAGGAGCGCGUGCUGGAGGUUCUUAAGACAUGUAAUAAUGCUAUAGCCUUUAGCGAUGUAGAAAAAGGAAGGAUCGAUCCUAGGUAUGCCAAACCUGUCAGAAUCUAUACGAUUCCACAUACUCAAUGGAAUGACGCAGAGUGGAAGUUUGCUCAGAAGGAGAAGGAAGAAGUAAUCUCGUUCCUAAAAGAGAAGAUGGCGUCGCAUGUCGCGGAGCCAUCUGAUAGCGCUUACGCGAAUAGGUGGUUCUUCUUACGGAAGCCUAAUGGAAAAAUCCGGUGGAUUCAAGAUCUUCAGAAGGUUAAUGCGGUUACCAUCCGGGAUGUUGGGUCCAUACCACAUACUGAUAUAUUAGCAGAGGGAGCAGCAGGCAGAUCGAUCUACUCCGUCUGUGAUUUAUUCUCGGGUUAUGAUGAGAUACCUUCGGAUCCUAGAAAUAGACACCUUACUGCCAUGCAUACGCCUCUGGGACUAGUGCAUGUGAUGGUUGUGCCGAUGGGUUGGACCAAUGGGGUUGUGGUCUUCCAAAGAGCUAUGGUAGUUGUUCUGAAAGACUUCAUUCCUGAUAAAGUUGAAGUCUUUUUUGACGACUUUCCGAUAAAAGGGUCCGUACUGAAAGACGAGACGGAGGUCGCUCCUGAUGUCAGGAGAUUCGUGCAGCAGCACUUAAUAAACAUCUACGCGGUCCUGGAACAACUAGAUGACGUUAAUCUAACGGUCAGUGGGACGAAGAAUCAGUGGGCAGUUUCGUCGAUUAAGAUUUUAGGGUUCAUAUGUGAUUCGAGAGGACGUCGAGCAGACCCAGCGAAACUAGAUAAACACUUGAACUGACCAACUCCGUUGCAUAGCGCUACCGAAGUCCGCCAAUUUCUAGGAGUUGUAGGCUACUUGCGGAUCUUCAUACGUGGGUACGCGGAGAAGGCAGAGCCUCUACGAAUUCUCCUUAGGAAAACUGAGCGAUUCCACUAGGAUUCUCCUCAGGAGCUCGCGGUAUUAACCCUCAAGGAAGAGUUUAAAAAAGGGGGAUGAAUCCUAGGUGUACCAUUCUUCGAGGAUAAAACCAACAGACCCUU